CUCAUCAAUGCCGUGGUGUUACUCAUCCUGCUCACUGCGCUCAGCGAUCCUGAGCAGUACCACCUGACCAGCGCCGAGUUAGCCAAUGACCUGGAUGUCAUGGACGAUGCCAACAUGUGCAUUGCCUCUGCCAUCUCUCUGCUGAUGAUACUUAUAUGUGGAAUGGCAACAUACGGUGCUUACAAGCUGCGUGCUGCUUGGAUUAUCCCUUUUUUCUGCUACCAAAUAUUUGACUUUGCCCUCAACACCCUGGUGGCUGUUAGCAUUGUGGUUUAYCCAAACACCAUCCAAGACUACCUGCAGCAACUGCCUGGUAAUUUCCCGUAUAAAGAGGAGAUCUCUGCUCUCAGUAAUGUGUGGCUGGUCCUCAUCGUGUUGCUCUUCAUUGGCUGUAUUCUUGGCUUCAAGGCCUAUCUGAUAGCAUGUGUGUGGAACUGCUACAGAUACGUGAGYGGCAGAGGUGGUUCUGAAAUCCUGCUUUAUGUCACAACCAAUGACACCACGGUCCUGCUUCCUCCGUACGAUGACAACAUCAGCGUCCCUCCCAAACAGGCUCCUCCCACCUACACCUCUGCUACAGCGUGAAAACAUGCUGUUGAUUCAUGCUGUUAAUAACAUUCCCCAGCUAAACUGAUGCACCACACUGCCUCACCGGUGAACAUUGUAUUCUUACAUAUAUUGUAGCAAACAGAUGGAUGUCCAGCUAACGUCCACAUGUAUUCACCCUCACUGUGACCUCCCGUCUCCUCCUGCUAUUACUGAUGAACUUAUCAGAUGUCCAGUCCUGGUCCUCGAGGGCCACCAUCCUGCAUGUUUUAGAGGUUCCUCUGCACCAACACCUGAUUAAAAUGAAUGAUUAAUGAGCGUCUGCAGUGCUUGAACAGGGGAUUCAGCCUCUGAAUCAUGUGUGUGAGAGCAGAGAAACAAGGAAAACAUGCAGGACCCUCCAGGACCAGGACUGGACACCCCCGACAGAUUCUCCUGUGUUCAGUAUCAUUCCUGACACUUCUGUGCAUUUUAAUGUUUGAAUCCAGUUAAAGCAACAUAUGGAAGCUGUAGAGAGUUUGAUAGAUAAUAUAUAUUUUUAUUAAUCCUAUUUACCGUGUGUGUGUGUGUGUUCGUAUCAUGUGGGUCCCGUAGACGUGUCGAUCUCGUGCACCGGUGCAACAGUGACGAGCUCRUAGCCCACAGUGAUGGUGUGUGUCAGAAUGAGAGAAGAGGUGUGUUUUGCUUUCGUCUCGUCUCUGCUCAUGAUCAGGGUYGGAUUGCCUUCGUCCACAACUUUCUCUCUAUCGGGCAGCGCUUCACGAGGCGUCGCCUGAAUGUUUCCCAAAGAGGUGUACCUGCCUGUAUUCUGACAUGAUCAAAGAGCGGCCUCGAGCGCAUCCAAGAUAUCACCCACUUGUUGUUGUGUUUCAGCUGCAAACAGCAUUGUGUAAUCAGAAUCUGUAGUGUUUUGUUGUGCUUCUUAUUUACAUUUUAAACGUGUGUUUCUACUGAUGGACAAGAAUUGCCUCCGGCUGAUGUACGUAAGUCUAUUUUUAAAGCACAGAAGAAGCCCUGAUCUGGAAUCAGUUUGCUCUUCAGAGUCACUGUGAAUGAGAUGCUGCAGUGAGCAGAAUAAGAACCCUGGUUGUGUUUUUUCAAUCAAGGCAGGAGCAUUUGUGUAAACACGAGCCGCUUCCACCAGAUGAGCUUGUUGGCUGGCUGCUCGAUGGAAACAAAAUGUCCUGCAGUCAGACUCCAGGACCACUGCUGUACGGAAAACAAAGUUGACAUUUAUUUGUCUAAUAAAAUAAAACUUCAACAG